CACAUCAUUUACCCAUUGUCAUAGUAAAAUCGGAAUUAGCCCGUUAUAUUAUAGAGAGAUUACAUGACAGGGCGAGAUGAGGAAGAAGCGCUUUUCUAUCGAUGUAUUAGUUUAGCGGUUUGCCCACAACAAACAUGGCCGCCGCAUACUUCGCAUUAGUGUAGUGUUGCCCACAGUUCAGUCAUGUCGGCUCUUAAGUUUCGCUUACCCCCUAAUGACGGUCCGGUGCUAUCGGUGGUGGACAUGCAUACCGGCGGGGAGCCCCUGCGGAUAGUGCUGAGCGGGGCCCCGGUACCGAGCGGGAACACGCUACUGGAGAAGAGGCGCUGGGUGCGGGAAAACAUGGACUGGGUGCGGCGGGCGCUAAUGCUGGAGCCCCGGGGGCACCGGGACAUGUACGGGGCGCUGCUGGUGCCCAGCGAGGAGGCGGAGGCGCAGCUCGGAGUGCUCUUCAUGCACAAUGCAGGAUACAGCACCAUGUGCGGACACGGGGUCAUCGCCCUGGGCCGCUUUGCUGUGGACUAUGGGCUGGUGGCUCCGCAGGGGCCAGAGACUCCGGUCACUAUACACUGCCCCUGCGGAAUAGUGCGCGCCUAUGUAACCAGUGGCAAAGGGAGAGUGCGAUUCCACAGUGUCCCCGCCUUUACCCUGUGCACAGAUGUCUCAGUUGACGUCCCCGGUUGUGGCAAGGUAGUAGUGGACAUUGCAUACGGGGGUGCAUUCUACGCCUUUGUUAGCGCAGAGCGGUUUGGAUUGGACGUGUGCUCUUCAAAGACAAGAGAUCUUGUAGAUGCCGCAGCGGCUGUGUCAGAAGCUUUAAAGGCGCAGGUUAAAAUCAGCCAUCCAGACAGCGAGGACCUGGCUUUCCUAUAUGGCACCAUAGUAACUGACGGAAAGGAUGUGUAUAGUGAAGAACCCACAGCCAAUAUCUGUGUGUUUGCAGAUUCCCAGGUUGAUCGCAGUCCUACCGGUUCUGGAGUCACAGCUCGUAUUGCUCUACAGUAUCACAAAGGCUUAAUACAGCUGGAGCAGACCCGGACCUUCAAGAGCGGGGCCACAAAUUCCUUGUUCACUGGCAAAGCAGUUAAGGAGGUGGUGUGUGGUGACUACAAAGCGGUGAUAGUGGAGGUGUCUGGUCAGGCUCACUACACCGGAACAGCAAGCUUUACCCUGGAGAGUGAUGACCCGCUGAAGGAUGGAUUUAUGUUGAAAUAACAAUCCACAUUAUCCAUUUUGAAAAGCAAAUUGUCAUUAAAAAGCAUCUAUCGCUAGACCCCACUGAUGGCGCUGCAGCUUACUCUUCCUCUUGACCAAUUAUAUGCCCCAAGCAUUUAUACUUAUAAUACCAGCCAUUUUAUAGCAUAUUUGUGCUGCUAAAGUUUGUUAUUAAUAAUCCUUUUCUAGAAAUGCAUGUAUAUUAUAUAGCUACACAUGUAUUUUGUUACUGCUCAUUUGUAUGAAAAAAAUUUUAAAUUUUUUUUUAUAUAUAAAAAAAAAAAAAAAAAAAAAAAAUCUCACCAUUGUCAAACAUAUUCGUGUAACUGUUCCCUUUAUGGUAGUGUCACACGUGCCGUAUUUUGAUGGCGUAUUUUUACUUUAAAACUUGCAGCGUUUCUCGCUGCGAAUUUGAAUUGGGGCGGGCUGUCAGCGGAAAAUCAGUAAGGCAGUCUGUAGGGCACCAAUACAAUACCACAGUACCUAUUGACCACCACUUUCUGUAGAAAAGUUUGGCAGAAAACUGUUCAAAGAUCAGGGCUCCACAGUAACAUCACUUGGUAUACUGUGCAGUAUUGUAUGCACUGGUUAUCUCCUAAUUUUAAAACAAAGUAUUCAUAAGUUUUCACCGUUUAGACAUAUGAUGUAAAUAUAAAUUGCGCACUGCCCGUAUUUAAUUUAGAUGUAAACCAGGAUAAUGCAUAGAGCUGGAAUUAUACAAAUGGACUAAAUCUAAUGGCUAUGAAGGCACUGCAUACAUCCAAUUAAAGGGGUAUUCCAGCUUUAUACAUCUUAUCCCCUAUCAUAAGAAAUGAAUGGAGGGGGUGUGACGUGAUGUCACUAGGGGGCAUGGCCAUGACAUCAUGUACCUGUCUCGGAGGCAGCGCCCGGCACAGAAUGCCAGAGGAUGCACAGAGAUUGCGGGGGUCCUCAGCGGUGGGACUCUUGCGAUCAUACAUCUUAUCUUCUAUCCUUUGGAUAGGGGAUAAGAUGUAUAAAGCUGGAAUACCCCUUUAAUACUAAGUGGGCAAUUCUAUCUUGCUUAAAGGG